GAAGUGAAAUUCCAAAAGGUGUCGGGUUUUGGGGGUCAAGACUGUGUUGUUUUUGAUCUGUGGGUGAUGAGUGUGUGUGUCUUCCUGCCAGGGGUGAUCCUGUACAUCCUAUUGGUCGGUUACCCUCCCUUCUGGGAUGAGGACCAGCACAGACUGUACCAGCAGAUCAAGGCUGGGGCUACGACGUGAGAACCACCACACCUCUAUCUCUCUAUCUGUCUGACUCUCCUCUCUACGACGUGAGAACCACCACACCUCUAUCUCUCUAUCUGUCUGACUCUCUACGACGUGAGAACCACCACACCUCUAUCUCUCUAUCUGCCCUGACCUCUACAAAGUGAGAACCCCCCACCUUUAUCUCUUAUCUGGCGGAUCUCUCCUCUCUACAAAGUGAGAAUCCCAAACCCCUCAUCUCUUUAUUGUUUGACUUCUACGAGGGGAAAACCCACCACCCCCUUCUAUCCUCUAUCUGUCUGACUCCCCUCUCUGACGUGAAAACCCACCAACCUCUUCUCUCUAUCUGUUGACCUUACGCCUUUUGAGAACCCCCAACCUCUUUUCUCUUAUCUGUCGGGACUUUUUUACGCGUGAAAAAACCACCACCCCUCUAUCUCUCUACUGUCAAAUCUCUACGACGUGAGAACUCCCCAAAACCUCAUCUCCUUUUUAUCUUCUCUCUUUUACGACGGAGAAACCACACCUCUAUUCUCAUUUUUCGACUCUCUACGAAGUGAGAACCACCCCCACCUCUUUCUCUCUAUUGUCUGACCCCCUCUAGGGACUGAGAACAAACCAACCCUCUUAUCUUCCCCCUUAAGGGGGGUUUCUUGACUCUUACGACGUGAGAAAACCACACCUUUUAUUCUUAUUGUCGGAACUUUUACAAAUUGAAAACCCACCACACCCUUUUCCUCAUCUGUCUGACUUUUAACAAAUUUGGGAAACCCAACCAAAACCUCUACCCCUUAUCGGGUUGACCUCUCCGACGUAAAAAAACCCCCAACCACACCUUAUUUUCUCUAUCUGUUACUCCCCCUUUUCUACAAACGGAGAACCCCCAAAACCUCAUUUCUCUAUUUUUCUACUUUUCUUCCCAACGGGGAAAACCCACCACACCUCUUUUCUCUUAUCUGUCUAAACUCUUACGACGUAAAAAACCCCCCACACCUCUAUCUCUCUAUCUUUUCGCCCUCUAUCUCUACGACGUGAAAAACCCCCCAAAAAACCCCUCUAUUCUUUUAUCUGUCUGACUCCCCUUUACGACGUGAAAACCCACCACACCUCUAGUCUCAUCUGUCGGGACCUUCAAAGGUGAGAAAAAUUUCCCAAAACCACCUAUCUCUCUAUUUUUGGGGAAUCCCUUUUCUACGACUUUUUGGGGAACCACCACACCUCUAUCUCUCUAUCGGGGCUGACCUCUGGGAAUUUAAAGAACAACCACACCUCUACCUCCUUUUCUGUCUACUUUCCUUCCCCCCUUCUACCGACGUUAAAAUUUACGGUGAAAAAAAGAAUCUUUUUGGGAGGGUUUUGACUUAUACGCCGGGAAAACCCCCCACCCCUCUAUUUCCUACGUUUUAAAUCUUCCUUUUCUACGACGUGAGAACCACCAAAACCUUUUUUCUCUCUAUCUGUCGGACGAUUUUCCCGACGUGAAAACCCACCAAACACCUUAUCUCUUUUGUUGUUUUCCCCUUUUCCCCAUUUGGAAAACCCAAACCCCCAACCUCUAUCUUCUCUUUCUGCUGGGCCCCCUCUCCUUUUUCUACCCUUUAGGGGGAGAACUACCACACCCUAUCUUUUCUAUCUGUCUGACUCUAUAAAAGUGAGAACCCACCACCCCUCUUUUUCUCCCCUUCUGUCUGAUUUCUCUAGCCCGGGGGAAAAAACCCCCCACACCUCUUCUCUCUAUCUUCGCCUCUUACGACGUGAGAACCCCCCACCCCCCUUAUCUUUUUAUCUGGGAUUUCCUCCUACGACGUGAGAACCACCACCCCCUCUAUCUCUUUUAUCGGUCUGCCCCCUUUUAAAGGGGAGGAGAACAAACCCCCCACCUCUUUUCUCUCUAUCUGUUGACUCUUUCUACGACGUGAAAAACCCCCAACCUUUUAAAAUUCUCUAUCUGUCUGAUUUAUUCCUCUCUACGACGGGGAAAUUACCCCACUUUUGGGGAAGGGAGAAACUACCAAAACCCCCUAUCUCUCUAUCUGUCUGAUCUCUACGAGGGUGAGGGGGGAAAACCACCCCUUUAUCUUCUAUCUUUUUAAAAUUCCUUCAAAGCCUUUGGAAAAACAACCCCCCCUUUCUAUCUCUCAAAUUGUCUGAUCUCUGGGACUUUGGGAAAAACUACCAAACCUCUAUCUCUCUAUCUUUUGGACUCUCCGCUCCACAACUUAAGGAGAGAGGAAACCCCCCAAAAACCCUAUCUCUCUAUUGUCUGACUCUUUUUACGACGUGGAGCCCCCACACCUCAUUCUCUACUGUUUUUGACUUUUAAACGACGUGAGAAAAACCCCCACCCCACCCGGGGAAAACCACCCCAGAUCUCCUUUUCGUCGGGACUCUCUAGAGUGAAAACCACCACACCUCUAUUCCCAUCUGUUUUUGCCCUUUUACGCCCGUGAAACCACCACCCCAAAUCUCUCUAUCUGUCUUUUUUCUGACUCCCCUUCUACACGGGGAAAUUAAGGGGGGAGAAAAACCCCCCACCCCCUCUUUUCUCUCUUUUGCGGUUUUUAAAAACUUCCUUUUUCCCCUUUUUCUUUUUACGACGUGGGGAAAAACCAACACCUCUACUCUCUAUCGUCUGGACUUUUCUCCAAAAGUGAAAACCCACCCCACCUUUUUAUCUCUCUUCUGUCGGGCCUCUCAGGAGUGAAAAACCACCACACUUUUACCUCUCAUCUGUCUGACCCCUUCCUCUCAAACAAAUUUGAGAAAAACCACACCUCUAUUCUCUACUGUGUUUCUCCUCUAGACGUGGGGAAAACCCCACCCCCAUCUUAUCUUUUUAUUCUGGCUAAAACUCCCAUUACCACUUUUGGGAAAAGUGGGGGAACAACCAAACCUCUAUCUUAUUUUCUGUCGGGCCCCUUUACGACUUUGAAAAAACACCACACCUCACCCUUCUUCUUCUGUUUGACAAAACCCCCCUCUAUUUUUAUUUUUGGGACCCAAGCCAAAAACCCACCCCCUUAUUUCUAUCUGUCUAAAACUUCUACGAGUGAAAAACCACCACACCUCUAUUUUCCCCUAUCUUUGGAUUUCUCAAACGACCGUGAGAAACCAAAAACCUCUAUCUUUUUAUCUGUCUAAAUUUUUCCUCAAAGGGAUGUAAAAACCCACCACCCCAAACCCCACCCAAACCCACCCCAUUUUACACCUUUUUUUCCCCUCCCACCUUUUCCUUUUAAUCUGUCUAAAUCUCAAACGACGUGAAAAAACCAAAAAACCCCCCUAUUAUUUUCUUUUUGUCUAAAUUCCCCCUCUUAGGAGUGGGGAAACCACCACCCCUCUAUUUUCCUUUUCUGUCUGACUCUCUACAAAGGGGAAAAACCCCCCACACCCAUCUCUCUAAUUGUUACUCUUUACGCCCGUGAGAAACUCCCAAAACCUCUUUUCUCAUUGCUGACUUCCUCUCACAACGUGAAAAAAUACCACCCCUCUAUUUUCUCAUCUGUCUGACUCUCAAAGACUGGAAACCCCCCCAACCCCUUUCUAUCUCUCUUUUCUUUUCCCCUUUUUUACGACUUUGGAAAACCCCCACCCUUUUAUCUUCUUCUGUCGGCCUCUCUACGACUUUGAAAACCCCAAAAAAACCUCUAUCUCUCAUUGUUUUUCCCUCCACGGAGGAGAACCCCACCCCCUUAUCCUAUCUUUGGGAACUUCUAGGGCCCGGGGAAAAUACCCCCCUAUAUUUUUAUUUUAAAUAAAAAAUCUUCUCUUUUUUCCGUUUUAGGUUGGAAAAAUCCCACCCACUCUUAUCUUCUAUCUUUAAACCCCUCCCUUUUUCUCCCAUUUUGGGAGGAGUGUGAAAAAAACACCCUUUUUCCUCUUCUGUCGGGCCCUCUCUACAAACCGGUGAAAAAACCCCCAACACCUUUUCUCUUAUCUUUUCUGGAUUUCAAAGAAGUGAGAAAAACCCCAAAAAAAUUCUUAAGGGAAGAAAAGGGGGGAAAAAAAAAGAGCUGAUUUCCCAGGAGGGGGGUCCCCCCUUUCCGGGGGGGUUGAACCCGAGUGGGAAAAAAUUCCCCCAGGAGUUUUAGGAGUAGAAAAAAUUAUUUUAUUAGCCUUUAGAGUAGAAAAGGAAAUCUUCUCUUCUAUCUUUUUCCCCCCCAACCUCUCUCUCUUUCUCUCUCUCUCUUUCCCCCUCCUUAUCUCUCCCCUGCCCAAUUCCGCAAUGGUGUUUGGAAUUUUAAAUUAAUUGAUAGGGCGUGUUAGGUUUUUUUUUUAAUUUUUUUUUUUUUUUUUAGGUUUGGGUUAAUGAAUUGAUGGAAAAAUUUUUGGUGGAAUGAAAUUGAGGUAUUGUUUUUGUAAGGGGUUGAGUAUUGUUUUGAAAUGGGGUGUUUUAAAAGUUCCCGUCUCCAGAGUGGGACACAGUGACUCCUGA